GAGAGUGACAGUGAGAAAGAGAGGGAGAGACUGGAGAAACACACACACACAGCGCUCCGACCCGUGAGCUUCACCGCACUGACAGUCCACAUCUUCCACUGCUGACUCCAACGGCGGAGCCCUUCAGAUAUGGCGGGGCUUCGUUGAGAGGGACAGAAAAUCUCCCGAGUAGCACCGUUCACCGAGCAGUUUGUUUUUGGACACGCGUCUCCCGCAGCCCUCCUUAUGCACCGCUGCGACUCGGAGAAACGGCAGCCGCGCUGAAAGAGUCGAAGAAAGAGGACGAGAGUGAUUUUUACCCCUUUGAACGGACAAUGGCGGACCGCGAUGCAUUGCCCCUUCCAUUGGAGGUGCGGGCCAGAUUGGCUGAGCUGGAGCUGGAGUUAUCCGAAGGUGACAUCACUCAGAAGGGAUAUGAGAAGAAGAGGUCAAAACUACUCGGAGCGUAUCUGCCACAUCCUCCAGGGCUAGAGGCGUCCAUGGCACAUGAUCGCCGGCCGCCCAUGGCGCCUUCCUCCGCUUCACGAUACCACCGUCGGCGUUCCUCCGGCACCCGUGACGAACGCUACCGAUCAGAUGUCCACACAGAAGCAGUACAGGCAGCUCUAGCCAAACACAAGGAGAGGAAGAUGGCUGUUCCUAUGCCGUCCAAACGCCGAUCUCUAGUGGUCCAGACCUCUAUGGAUGCUUACACCCCCCCAGGCCUCUCCCCCCUUUCCUCUCUGCCACCCCUGACAGACACCUCGUCCGGCUCGGAGGAGGAGGGCGGCCAGGGUGAGGGAACCCCCACCUCCAGCCAGGGCAGCGUCAGCAUGGAGCACUGGAUCAGUCGGGCCAUCCAUCAGGGAUCCACCACCUCCUCCUCCUCUUCAUCCACACAGAGUGGGGGCAGCGGGGCCGCCGGACGCCUGGCUGACGUUCUGGCUCAAACGCACAUGGGCAAAUCAGGGCCGAUUGCUCACCUCUCCUUGAAGAGGAAAACUAUGCUGGGCGUAGCAGAGAACGGAAACUCGCUGCGGCGUUCCUGCGAGUUCGGAUCAGAUCUACUUUGGCCGCCACCAUUGGAGUCGGAGGAGAAUCACUCAGCCCCUCCGGAUGUCACCACCUACACCUCCGAACAUCCCGUUCAGGUGGAGAGGCCACAGGUGUCCACCGUACCCCGGACAACACCCAAAUAUGGCAACGCCGAACUCAUGGAGACCGGAGACGGAGUCCCAGUUAGCAGUCGUGUUUCUGCUAAAAUCCAGCAACUUGUAAACACAUUAAAGCAGCCCAGACGACCUCCGCUUCGAGAGUUUUUUGUUGAUGAUUUUGAAGAGCUCCUAGAAGUCCAGCAACCUGACCCAAACCAGCCGCGGCCAGAGGGGGCUCAGAUGGUCCCGAUUCGAGGAGAGCCGCUGGGGGUCGUCACUAAUUGGCCACCAUCUCUUGAAGCUGCUCUUCAACGCUGGGGGACGAUUUCACCCAAAGCCCCCUGUCUGACCACGAUGGACACCAACGGCAAACCCCUCUACGUCCUUACUUACGGUAAACUUUGGUCUCGGAGCAUUAAAGUAGCAUACAACAUCCUGCACAAACUGGGCACCAAGCAGGAACCCAUGGUCCGACCGGGAGAUCGGGUGGCUCUCGUGUUCCCCAACAACGAUCCUGCCGCAUUUAUGGUCGCAUUUUACGGCUGCCUGCUGGCGGAGGUGGUGCCCGUACCCAUCGAAGUGCCACUUACUCGAAAGGAUGCAGGAAGUCAACAGAUCGGCUUUCUCCUGGGCAGUUGUGGGGUUACAGUGGCUCUGACCAGUGACGCCUGCCACAAAGGCCUGCCAAAAGGACCCACCGGGGAAAUACCACAGUUCAAAGGAUGGCCAAAGCUGCUCUGGUUCGUCACAGAAUCCAAACACCUGUCCAAGCCGCCUCGUGAUUGGUUCCCUCACAUCAAAGAUGCAAAUAACGACACCGCCUACAUAGAGUAUAAAACCUGUAAAGAUGGGAGUGUUUUGGGUGUGACGGUGACACGGAUCGCACUUCUUACACACUGCCAGGCCCUAACACAAUCUUGUGGAUACACAGAAGCUGAAAUCAUAGUGAAUGUAUUGGAUUUUAAAAAGGAUGUUGGUUUGUGGCACGGCAUCCUAACCAGCGUCAUGAAUAUGAUGCAUGUAAUCAGCAUCCCGUACUCCCUGAUGAAGGUCAACCCUCUGUCCUGGAUCCAGAAAGUCUGUCAAUACAAAGGAAAAGUGGCUUGUGUCAAGUCGAGGGAUAUGCACUGGGCUCUGGUCGCUCAUCGAGAUCAGAGAGACAUCAACCUCAGCUCUCUGCGCAUGCUGGUGGUGGCUGAUGGAUCCAACCCAUGGUCCAUCUCAUCAUGUGACGCAUUCCUCAAUGUCUUCCAGAGUAAAGGUCUGCGGCCGGAGGUCAUCUGUCCGUGUGCCAGUUCAGCUGAAGCCCUAACUGUGGCCAUCAGGAGGCCCACAGAUGACAGUAAUCAGCCGCCGGGUCGAGGUGUGCUGUCUAUGCAGGGUCUGAGCUAUGGUGUCAUCCGAGUGGACUCAGAGGAGCGUCUGUCUGUGCUCACCGUACAGGAUGUGGGCACUGUGAUGCCUGGAGCUCUGAUGUGUGUGGUCAAACCGGAGGGAGUUCCUCAGCUGUGUCGAACAGAUGAGAUCGGAGAGCUGUGUGUUUGUUCCAUCGCCACAGGAAUGUCAUAUUAUGGGCUCUCGGGCAUGACAAAAAACACAUUUGAGGUGUUUCCCAUGACCAUCUCUGGGGCUCCUAUCAGCGAGUAUCCCUUUAUCCGCACAGGGCUACUGGGCUUCAUUGGUCCCGGUGGCCUGGUGUUCAUCUCUGGAAAGAUGGACGGUCUGAUGGUGGUGAGUGGACGGAGACACAACGCUGAUGAUAUUGUGGCCACGGCAUUGGCGGUGGAGCCCAUGAAGUUUGUGUACAGGGGCAGGAUAGCGGUGUUUUCAGUGACGGUCCUGCAUGACGAGAGGAUUGUGGUGGUAGCAGAGCAGAGGCCGGACUCUACAGAAGAGGACAGCUUCCAGUGGAUGAGCCGAGUGCUGCAGGCGAUAGACAGCAUCCACAACGUCGGGGUGUUUUGCUUGGCUUUGGUGCCCGCUAACACCCUACCCAAGACCCCGCUGGGAGGGAUCCACCUAUCGGAGACCAAGCAGCUGUUUUUGGAAGGCUCCCUGCAUCCCUGUAACGUCCUAAUGUGCCCUCACACCUGCGUCACCAACCUGCCCAAACCCAGACAGAAACAGCCAGAGAUCGGACCCGCCUCUGUGAUGGUGGGUAAUUUGGUCUCGGGGAAGAGGAUCGCUCAGGCAAGCGGCAGAGAUCUGGGCCAGAUCGAAGACAAUGAUCAGGCAAGAAAGUUCCUCUUUCUGUCUGAGGUGCUGCAGUGGAGAGCCCAAACCACACCAGAUCAUGUUCUCUUCACCCUCCUCAGCUCAAGGGGUGCAGUCUUGAGCUCACUGACAUGUCUUCAGUUGCAUAAGCGUGCAGAAAAGAUUGCCACCAUGUUGAUGGAGCGAGGACACCUGCAGGACGGGGAUCACGUUGCACUGGUUUACCCACCUGGUAUAGAUCUUAUUGCUGCCUUUUAUGGAUGCCUGUAUGCCGGCUGUGUACCAAUUACAGUACGACCACCACACCCCCAGAACAUCGCCACCACCCUGCCCACUGUGAAAAUGAUUGUGGAAGUGAGCCGAUCGGCCUGUGUGAUGACCACACAGAUCAUAUCCAAGCUCCUUAAGUCAAAGGAGGCAUCGGCUGCAGUUGAUGUCAGGACGUGGCCUCCUGUUCUGGACACAGAUGAUCUGCCAAAGAAGAAGCCUCCUCAGCUCUACAAACCCUCCAAUCCAGACACGCUGGCUUACUUAGACUUCAGUGUCUCCACUACCGGGAUGCUUGCAGGAGUAAAGAUGUCCCACACAGCCACUAGUGCCUUUUGCCGCUCUAUAAAGCUCCAGUGUGAGCUGUAUCCCUCUCGGGAGGUGGCUAUCUGCCUGGAUCCAUACUGUGGCCUCGGCUUCGUCCUCUGGUGCCUCUGCAGUGUGUAUUCAGGACAUCAGUCCAUCUUGAUUCCCCCAUCCGAGCUGGAGGUGAACCCUGCUCUGUGGCUGCUGGCUGUCAGUCAGUUCCGGGUCAGGGACACGUUCUGCUCGUAUUCCGUCAUGGAGCUUUGCACCAAGGGCUUAGGCCUUCAGACGGAGUCCCUCAAGGCCCGUGGUCUUGACCUGUCCCGUGUUAGGACGUGUGUGGUUGUGGCUGAAGAGCGGCCACGGAUCGCCCUCACCCAGUCCUUCUCCAAACUCUUCAAAGAUCUUGGCCUUCACCCGCGAGCUGUCAGCACUUCCUUCGGCUGCAGAGUCAACCUGGCCAUCUGCCUGCAGCCGCACAGGCUCGGGAAGCUUGCUGAUCAGGGGACGUCAGGACCUGACCCGACUACUGUAUAUGUGGACAUGAGAGCCCUCAGACAUGACAGAGUCCGGCUGGUCGAGCGAGGAUCUCCUCACAGUCUCCCUCUCAUGGAGUCUGGAAAGAUACUACCUGGAGUUCGAAUCAUCAUCGCUAAUCCUGAAACCAAGGGCCCGCUGGGGGACUCUCAUCUCGGAGAGAUCUGGGUUCACUGCGCUCAUAACGGCAGCGGUUAUUUCACGGUGUAUGGAGACGAGGCCCUACAGUCCGAUCAUUUCAACUCGCGCUUGAGUUUUGGAGAUACGCAGACAGUUUGGGCUCGAACAGGAUACCUGGGCUUCCUCCGCAGGACUGAACUUACAGAUGCGAGUGGAGAACGGCAUGAUGCUCUUUAUGUUGUGGGAGCUCUGGAUGAGGCCAUGGAGCUGAGAGGGAUGAGGUAUCACCCCAUCGACAUCGAGACCUCUGUGAUUCGCACACACAAGAGCAUCAUGGAAUGUGCGGUGUUUCCCUGGACCAAUCUUCUGGUGGUGGUGGUGGAGCUGGAAGGUUCAGAACAAGAGGCUUUGGACCUUGUUCCUCUAGUGACCAAUGCAGUCCUGGAAGAGCAUUAUCUGAUUGUAGGUGUAGUGGUGGUGGUGGACAUCGGCGUCAUUCCCAUUAACUCUCGUGGAGAGAAACAGAGGAUGCACCUGCGGGACGGCUUUCUGGCAGACCAGCUGGACCCAAUCUAUGUGGCAUAUAACAUGUAGCAUGAGUGUACGCGUGUAUGUUUGCGUGCGUGUGUUUUGCCGACUGCACAUGACCAGUUGGGCAAACUUCCGCGAACGGACACUUACUGGGAGAAACUUUACAACAAAAAGCCAAAUGGAAAUUCUCAAUUGGCAAAAGGAUUCGGUCUCCCGAUGGGAAGAAGAAUCGCCUUUGCUUCUGCUUGUGUGCGUCGCGCUUUGUUUUUAAGUGAGGUGUUGCGACAUCUUUUGUUUUUACUCUGCCCUACACGAGCGAAGGGUAUUUUUAAAUAUCUGCAUACCGUGGCGAAAUGUGCAUUUUAAGUUUACAAGUUUGCCGACAAUUUGGAGUUAACUUGUUGAAAGAAUAAGUAGGCUAAUUUCAGACACUUCAUUUAAAAAAAAAAAAAAAAGGUACGACUUUGGUACGUACGUCGCUGCCGUCCUUCUGCAAUUGUUUUUCAACCUUUGUAAAUGUCCUCGAAUAGCAGGAAGCAAAAAACAAAAAGCGAAAAUACGUCCCCUGCUUUUUCGAUUCCUCCAUGUUUAAUAACAUUGUACAAAGCUGAAGGCGAACACAAAGUCAAUUGAUAUUGUGUAAUUAUGUACAGAUAAUAGUUCUUAUUUAUUUUGCUCUUUUUAGAAUCGGUGAGCGAAGACAUUCGGAAAUGUUUUCCUCAUUAAAUAAUAUUGCUGAUAUAAAACAUUGUAUCAUCUUGAGUGAGUCGUAUCACAUCAAGUCUAUGUAAAAAUAUAAAUAUACAUACAAAUAUAUAUAUAAAAAAGAAAUCUAUAUAUAUAUAUAUAAAAUAAGAUCUACGAAUCACCAAUGAAACAUUUCUAAUGCAGUACUUCCCACUUGCAUGGUGUCUGUUGUAGAGCGAAUCAACUGACCAAUCAAACGUUACCCGAUACUAAUAAUACAAACUCUUAUGAUGAUGUCAAACGUGUGUAGCCGGAACUAUAAAAAUAACGCCCUUAUCAAGAGAAAACCCUCAAAAUGUGCCUGGAAUUUUGUUUACAUUUGCUUUUCGAUUUAAAUCUACACCGUAUUUUGCUUUUUUACUUGUUUUUUUUAAUCAUUACGUGUGAUUUUAUCAUUAUUUAUUGACACAGGCUCUUUACACAAGUGCGUUUUUGUUUACCGCUCAUAUUUUCACAUACAACGUUUCAAUCUUUAGUAUUUACGUAGUAUUUACCUUUGAACCCCUAUCAGCUGAUGUGGAAUACGCUCUUGUUUUUAAAUCGGAUUAUGUGGGAAAUACAUGCUAAGUAAACGCCGGCAUAUUGUUGGCACAUGCAAUAUGGGCAAAGCAUGAAAACGUGAGCGACUGGCUAUAACAGCACAAACAAAUCGAAGAGAUAAUAAAGAGAGCCGUGCCAUUGUUCUCCAUUCUACCAGCUGCAUUAGAAAGGACGUGUUUUCCGAACGCCUUUUCCAUCAAAUCCGUUAACGACGAAACUGAAUAUUGAGGAUUUGAUUCUUUUUCUUUGCCGCAUCCUGCCUCAGCGAUCGAUGAUGGGCAUCAGAUGAUAAUCGUGGAGAUCUACUGCAGAUAUCACACCCUUUGGCCUCGCCGAGGUCUGUUUUUAGUUUUAUUUUUUAGAAUCGGUGUCAUAGACGUCAAUACUGUGUAUGGGAACUGAGUUUACACUUAUUCCGAGAGUGACGAUGCAAUGUUCGCUUAUUUUGACGUUUGUUUUUUUUAAGGAAAAAAAUAAUAAUAUGAAGGAAAGAAGAAGUCUUAAGCUGUUCGGAAGCUUUAGUGUUGCCAUUCCCAUACAAGCGGCCAUUUUAAAAAGGAAAAAAAAAAACGUGCACAUAAACUUUCAACCUGUGAAGUUUUUCUCCCUUAUUUUUUGUUGGAAAUCUGGACGUGAGAGAGUCUGCAUGGUGUAUGUAAAUAUUGUUGGUUAGCGGAAAAAAAAGACAAAAAAACAAUUUAUUUUGUAUGGUGCAGGUGUGUUUGAAAUUCUGUUUUGUACACAUGAUUAAAAGUAUUAAAUGACACUUUUAUAGAAGCCUGCUUUGGCCUACGUUCACAAAAUAUGGUGCAAUAAAGUGCUUUGAUUGGUAAA